UUGCGCGAGAGUAAAAGUCCGGAGAUGUGUUCUUAGUGCCAUAAAGUAAUAAUAAUGCAUUUUAAAAUGUUAAUUUUCGCAUUAGUCUUAUCGUUUCUCAGUGUAAAUUGCGCCACUGAUAAAGGCAAAGAAAAUGUCCUUGUCUUCACGGUUGCAUCCGAUCCUGUUGAGGGCUAUUUGCGCUACAUCCGCUCUGCCAGUUUCUACGGAAUUGACGUCCAGACUCUGGGCAUGGGAGAGAAGUGGCGAGGCGGCGACAUGAGCUCCGUUGGCGGUGGCUACAAAGUCAACCUCCUGCGGAAGGCAUUGGAGCCCUACAAGAACGAAAAGGACAAGGUUGUCCUCUUCACGGACAGUUACGAUGUGAUUUUCUCCGCACCGACGAAAGUCAUCGUGGACAAAUUCAAGAAGAUGGACGCAAGAAUUGUCUUUGGCGCCGAACACUCAGUCUGGCCAGAUGUCUCGCUCAGAGAAUCAUACCCGAAAGUGGCUCACGGUGCGAGAUUCCUCAACUCUGGCCUCUUUAUGGGCUACGCAGCGGAUCUAUAUGAGAUGCUGCGCACUCCACUGGACGACAAGGACGAUGAUCAGCUGUACUACACAAAGAUAUAUCUCACGGAGGAAUUCAGGGAGAAGCAUAAGAUGAAAUUGGACCACAAGGCCGAGAUUUUUCAGAAUCUCUACGGCGCUGAAAAGGACGUGGAAUUGCACUUUGACGACGACUCCGGCGAGGCCUUUGUCGUGAAUGUGGACACCGCCACAGUGCCGUCUGUGAUUCAUGGAAAUGGCCUAAGCAAGGCGCGCAUCAACAGUCUGGGUAAUUACUUGGCGGGCGCCUUUAUAAAGGGCGAAUGUCAAGACUGCUCGGAGAACUUGAUGGAGCUCAAGGAGGGAGAUCUGCCUGUGGUCUCAAUGGCGGUGUUCAUUGAGAAGGCGAUGCCCUUCUUCAAGGAGUUUCUUGAGCAUCUAGAAGCAAUAGACUAUCCAAAGAGUAAUAUUAAUUUGUUCCUGCACAGCAAUGUAAAGUACCAUGAGGAUGCGAUUGCCGAGUUUCUCACAAAACACACCAGUGAUUUUAAAAGCAUUAAGAAAGUUCUAGUCGAAGAUAGCAUUAACGAGGGAACAGCAAGAGAUUUGGCAGUGCAACAAGCUAUCUCAAAGGGAAGUGACUACCUAUUCGUCGUGGACUCUGAAGCACACCUAGACAAUCCCAAAGUCCUGAAGACUUUAAUGAUUCAGAAUCGAGACGUGAUCGCCCCACUGCUGCCGAGACCAAACGAUGCUUGGAGUAAUUUUUGGGGAGCUCUCAGCGAUCAAGGCUAUUACGCAAGAUCCCACGACUAUUUAGACAUCGUGAACAACAACAAAAGAGGAAUUUGGAAUGUGCCUUACAUCUCAUCCUGCUACUUGAUGAAGAAGAGCGUGCUGAGCAAAAUCUCCCAUGUGCACGAGGCUUUCGAUCCUGACAUGGCAAUGUGCCACCAUCUGAGAUCCCACAAUAUCUUCAUGCACGUGGACAACAUGGAAGACUUUGGUCAUCUCAUCAACGGCGAUCAGUUCAAUACGCGCCUCACGAGGCCCGAUUUUUACAUGCUUCUCACAAAUCAGCAAGACUGGGAACGCCGAUACAUCCAUCCUGAGUAUGCUAAGCAACUGGAAGCCAAUGCCACUCGCAUUCAACCCUGUCCGGACGUUUACUGGUUCGCAAUCGGCACUGAAGCCUUCUGUGAGGACAUGAUUGCGAUCAUGGAGAACUUUGGCAGGUGGUCCGAUGGAAGCAAUUCGGACAAGAGACUCGAGGGUGGCUAUGAGGCGGUUCCAACGCGUGAUAUUCACAUGAAUCAAGUGGGACUGGAGAAACUGUGGCUCAAAUUCCUCCAACUCUACGUGCGGCCUCUUCAGGAAGCUGUCUUUGUUGGCUACUUCCAUGACCCUCCAAAGUCCCUAAUGAACUUUGUGGUACGCUACCGACCUGACGAACAGCCCUACCUUCGUCCUCAUCACGACUCCUCGACGUACACCAUCAACAUUGCCCUGAAUCGCGUUGGGAUUGAUUACACUGGCGGAGGAUGUCGCUUCCUGCGCUACAACUGCUCCGUGGAAGCCACCAAGAUGGGCUGGAUGUUGAUGCAUCCCGGAAGAUUAACUCACUUCCACGAAGGACUCCACACGACUUCAGGCACGCGCUACAUCAUGGUUUCCUUUGUGGAUCCGUGAAAU